UGGAGUUAGUUGAGUUCUGUUUCGCAUGUUGUUCAAAUGUUGUUCGCAUUCGCAUUCGCAUGUUAUUCGUUGUACGUUAUUCGGGUGGGUCGUUUUUGUUGUAAUUUUUUAGUGACACAUUAAAAUUGGAAAUUCUAGCGGCGCGCUUCUAAUUUAUGUUUGUACGGCAUUUUUGCAAGUUUUAUCUACUCCUUUCUUGUUGGAAAAUAUUGCGGUAGUGUAAAGUAAUUUUAUUUUCCAAUUAUUGUUGAAAAGUUUGGAAUAAGUGCAUACCUACGCUACUGAAAAUCGAAUUAGGUGGUGGCCGUGGUGACGUGACGGCAGUAAACGUAGUAGCAACAGCGAAACCCGAAACAGUUAAAAAGAUAAUAUAAAAAUAACGUAGAACAAGAAUCGUAGAAAUCCGUAACGAAAGGAGAAAAGCAAAGCUGGUCAAGUGCAAACGAAUUGUUGCUGGUCUGCUGCCUUGGAGUAGCACUUGGCGAGUUUGUGUCUUCUGCUUCCGUCGACUCGUAGUAACGUGGAAAGAAACGGACGUGUUGGAAUCGAAUACUUGUUUUACGCGACGCGAUACGCAACGAAAAAUAUAGUGAUUUUAUAAAAACAGGGAUUUCAAAACAAAAUCUUUGAUUGUUUAAAAUUGUUUGCUGUCUUUAGUUCUGUUUUUCUCCACAAAUCUUUCGAAUAACAUACGAACGCAUUCAAAAAAGAGUGAAGAGUGUGUUUAAAAAUAAUAACAUAAUUACGUGAUUACGUAUAGAAAGUGUGCGGGCUUGGAAAGUGCGCGAGUCGGGUUUGUGAUUUAACGUAACGUAUGCUAAUUAUUCAACUCUGAAUCGAAUUGUCGCAACUUAUGCCGUAAAUCGACGCCAUGUUUAAGUGCAUUCCAAUAUUCAAAGGCUGUAAUCGCCAAGUUGAAUUCGUUGACAAACGUCAUUGUUCGCUGCCCAGUGUGCCAGAGGAAAUUCUACGUUACUCACGUACAUUGGAGGAGUUGUUCUUAGAUGCCAAUCAUAUCCGAGAUUUGCCAAAGAACUUCUUCCGACUACAUCGUCUGCGAAAAUUGGGCUUAAGUGAUAAUGAGAUAGCCCGAUUGCCGCCAGAUAUUCAGAAUUUCGAGAAUUUGGUAGAACUCGAUGUAUCGCGAAAUGAUAUUCCAGACAUUCCUGAUGACAUCAAACACCUGCAAAACCUUCAGGUUGCUGAUUUCAGCUCAAAUCCGAUUCCAAAACUACCAGCAGGAUUUUCUCAACUCAAAAAUUUAACAGUUUUAGGUUUAAACGAUAUGUCACUUACUACAUUACCAGUUGAUUUUGGAUGCUUAACACAAUUGGAAUCAUUGGAGUUGCGCGAAAAUCUCUUGAAACAUUUACCCGAAUCGAUACGACAAUUGACGAAGCUUAAACGUUUAGAUUUGGGCGACAAUGAAAUUGAAGAACUGCCACCAUAUUUGGGCUACUUGCCCGGUCUGCACGAGCUCUGGCUCGAUCAUAAUCAGUUAGAAAGACUGCCACCUGAAAUUGGACUACUAACCAAUUUGACAUAUCUUGACGUUUCCGAAAAUCGGCUGGAGAAAUUACCAAAUGAAAUCGGUGGCCUCGUCAACUUAACUGAUUUGGAUCUGGCGCAGAAUCUGCUUGAGUCUCUGCCCGAUGGGAUUGCCAAAUUGAGCAGACUGACUAUACUCAAACUCGAUCAGAAUCGUUUGCAGAAACUGAAUCCGACUAUGGGAUGUUGCGAAAGCAUGCAAGAGCUGAUAUUGACCGAAAACUUCUUAUCAGAAUUACCCGUAUCGAUCGGGCAAAUGACCAAAUUGAGCAACCUGAACGUGGAUCGCAAUGCGCUGGAACACUUACCUGCCGAGAUAGGGAAUUGUGCAAAUUUGGGCGUUUUAAGUUUGCGCGAUAACAAAUUGAAGCGACUGCCGCCAGAGUUGGGCAACUGUACGGUGUUGCAUGUGCUGGACGUGUCCGGCAAUCAGUUGCAGUACUUGCCAUACACUUUGGUGAAUUUGCAGCUGAAAGCGGUUUGGUUAUCGGAAAAUCAGGCACAACCGCUGCUAACGUUCCAGCCGGACACCGAUGAGGCAACAGGUGAACAGGUACUGACAUGCUUCCUACUGCCACAACAAGAAUAUCAACCGAUUACACCAGACUACCCACCGGGUCUACUGUAUAGAUCGAGCGAAAAAUUCGAUUCGUCGGAGUUCCACAUUUACCAACAAAAAGCACGCGAACUUGAAACCGACUCCGAUGGCUGGGAGGAGCGUGAAGCUUCACGUACACAUUCCGUUAAAUUCUCCGAAGAAUCCACACAGGAGAAGGACACACCGUUUGUCCGACAAAAUACACCACAUCCCAAGGAGUUGAAGGCAAAGGCGCACAAACUAUUUGCCAAAGAUCGCAGUCGACCGGAUGAAGGCAAUUUGGAUACAGUCUCUGAAGAAGCUUCAGCAAAGUUCGCUGUUAGCGGCACAGCCAGAAUCGGCGCUAAUUCCACCAUAGUUGAGAAUAUAGCCGAGACAAAACCCAUCUAUGAGAAUCAUCAACAACAGCCGGUUUCGCCGAAAACGCCAACAACAGCGAUUUCAUUCGCUCCACAGACAGCGGGCGGACAGCAACAACAGUCCGCUGUUAAUGCCGUAACAGUACAUGAACCGAUUGCGAGUGUUGCGCCCGAACAUGGCAAUGCCGCUGUAGGGGUGGCUGCAGCAGCGGGCAGCGUUACCGGCGAUGAAGAAGAGGAAGACUUUGAUGAUGCGGAAAGGCGUGUAGGCUUUCAAGUUGAAGGCGAAGAUGAUGACUUCUACAAGCGGCCAAUGAAAUUGCACAGACGUGACACCCCGCACCACUUGAAAAACAAACGUGUACAACAUAAUCUCACCGAUAAAAAAUCUAAUGAAAUUCUCGCCAACGCUUUGAAUCAAGAAAAGAAAUCGGCAACACUGGCUCCUGUACAAUCGCCCAUACAAGAGAAUGAGGCUGCCGAGCAGAGUGAACAACUACUACAAUUGCAGCAGCAACAACCAUUUACUGCACCAAUUUCACCUAUACCACCGCCAACGGUGCCUGGUUCACUGCCAGCAGGACAAUUACUUGAUGAUGCCGUGGACGGUCUCACCGAACUCCGACUCGAACAGUACGAAAUCCACAUUGAGCGCACCACUGCCGGUCUGGGCUUGAGUAUAGCGGGCGGCAGAGGUUCCACACCGUUCAAAGGCGAUGACGAAGGCAUUUUCAUAUCACGCGUUACCGAAGGUGGCCCCGCCGAUUUGGCCGGCUUGAAAGUUGGCGAUAAAGUACUAAAAGUGAAUGGCAUUAAUGUGGUCGAUGCCGAUCACUAUCAAGCUGUGCAGGUGUUGAAGGCCUGCGGUGCGGUGUUGGUGUUGGUGGUGGAACGCGAAGUCACGCGUCUAAUAGGUCAUCCGGUGUUUAGCGAAGAUGGCUCCGUCUCACAGAUAUCGGUGGAAACGCGUCCAUUGGCCGCCGCAGCGCAGCAGCAGCAUGAAAAAUUCAUUCCGGCACCGAUUGAAAUUAUACCAGAACAGCAGCCGCUACAACUACUACAACAACAGCCACUCCAACAACAACAACUAGUGCAACAAGCGCCUGCCAACUUCAACAGCUAUCAAGCGAAUGUAUUUACAACACCAACAACAGCAGCAGCCGUAUCAACAAAUGCAGCAAAUUUAUCACAACAGCAACAACAACAACAGCUGCAACCGCAACAUGUUGGUGUGGGUGCAACAAAUGGCGUUUUGGAAAAUGGCAAGGAUGCCCCCUUGAGCUAUUUACAGUUGCACACGACUUUAAUUCGUGAUCAAAUCGGACAGGGCUUGGGCUUCAGCAUUGCUGGGGGCAAAGGCUCGCCACCAUUUAAGGAUGGCUGCGAUGGAAUUUUCAUUUCACGCAUAACUGAAGGCGGUUUAGCGCAUCGUGACGGCAAAAUAAUGGUUGGCGACCGCGUCAUGGCUAUUAAUGGCAAUGACAUGACGAACGCUUGUCAUGACGCUGCGGUGCAAUGUCUCACAGAGCCGCAACGUUUUGUGCGUCUGGUGUUGCAGCGUGAGUACCGUGGUCCCUUGGAGGCACCACUGAGUCCACGCAGUCCAGCUGUUUUGAAUUCGCUUAGUCCUUCCGGUUAUCUUGCCAAUCGGCCAGCGAACUUCAAUCGCUCCAUCGGCGACAUGAUAUCCGAACAAGCACAAACUAAUCUGCAACAGGCGCCCACAGCGGCACCACUCUUGGCGCAGCAGCAGCAGCAACAGCAAUACCCGGCACAACAACAAUUUAACUAUACGACACAGCCGGCAGCUUAUGAAAUAAACAAAACUGUUACGUUACCCAACACUACAGCGGCAGCAGCAGCAGCAACAUUAACAAACGCCACUGUAGGUGCUAACAACGCCCCGAAAACAAAUGGUUUUACGACUGCGCCAGCAACAACUGCGGCAUACCAACAGCCACAGCAGCAGCAGCAGCAACAAAUCGAUAAGGUCACAGGUCAACCUGUGCCAGCGCCCAGGCGCGCAAAUUCCAUACCUUUGGGAGAUGCGCCAGCGGAAGCCACACCAGCCAACGGUAAUGCCACACAGCCGCCAGAUGCGUCGAAUAAGCCAACAGCGACACCGAACAUAGCCACAGAUGCUUCUGCUGAAUCACAGAUGCCGCCACUUCGACCGCUGACCAGUGAGGAUUUCCAAGCAAUGAUACCGGCGCACUUUCUCAGCGGUGGCAGUCAACAUCAGGUGAAUGUGGCGCGUGGCAAUGAGGUGGGCGUUGGACCCUCGGUCACCGUAACGGUGAAUAAAGCUGUACCCGAUUUGCCCAUGUUCCCGGCAGCACCCACGGAGCUGGGUCGCGUUACCGAAACAAUAACGAAAUCCACAUUUACGGAAACCGUUAUGACGCGUGUCACCGAUAACCAGUUAGCGGAGCCACUGAUCAGUGAGGAAGUUAUCUUGCCGAAGAAUCAGGGAUCGCUGGGCUUCAGCAUCAUUGGCGGUACAGAUCAUUCGUGUGUGCCGUUCGGUUCACAUGAGCCGGGCAUAUUUAUAUCGCAUGUCGUGCCCGAUGGCAUCGCACACAAAUGCGGCAAACUGCGUAUGGGCGACCGUAUACUGAAAGUGAACGAUGUGGAUAUAUCGCGUGCCACGCAUCAGGAUGCUGUUAUGGAAUUACUGAAACCCGGCGAUGACAUCAAGCUGACCAUACAGCAUGAUCCGUUGCCACCCGGCUUCCAGAUUGAGGUAGAAAUUUUACAAACUGAGGAAAUCACCAUUAGUAAGGCGGAGGGCGAACGUCUGGGUAUGCACAUUAAGGGCGGACUUAAUGGUCAACGCGGCAAUCCAUGCGAUGCCACCGAUGAGGGUGUGUUUGUGUCGAAAAUUAAUUCCGUUGGCGCGGCCAGACGCGAUGGAAGACUUAAGGUUGGCAUGCGCCUGCUGGAGGUCAAUGGCCACUCGCUGUUGGGCAUCUCACAUCAGGAUGCUGUGAAUGUGCUGCGCAAUGCUGGCAAUGAAAUACAUUUGAUCGCGUGUAAGGGAUACGACAAAUCCAAUUUAAUUCAUUCCAUUGGGGCUGCUGGCGGCAUGAGCACAGGCUUCAACACAACUGGCAGCCGACACGGUUCGCGUGCUUCCGAAACUGGUUCGGAAUUGAGCCAAAGUCAGAGCAUGUCGAGUUUAGAUCGCGACGAAGAUGAGCGCAUACGACAAGAUUUUGAAGUUUUUACCCCAAAAACCGAAUCGAAUAACGAACCAUCAGUAUUGGCAUCUGUGGCGGCAUUGGCCCACUCGCCCAUCACACCGCCGAGCGUUGGCGUUUUGCCACAACAGCAUGCAGCUGAAAGCGAAACAUCCAAGACACACACCACAGCUGCUCCACAAGCACAACCAGCAGCAGCAGCAGCAACAGCAACAACACCAACUCCUCAAGAUGCACUCGCCACACUGUCGGACAAAGCGCUGGUGCAGUCCAAGGAAAAGAGUACACCAGAGAAGGUGCUUGAAAUCGUGCGUGCUGCCGAUGCAUUCACCACAGUACCACCUAAAUCACCAGCCGAACAUCACGAUCAGGAUAAAAUCCAAAAGACCACAACAGUUGUCAUUUCGAAACACACACUCGACACGAAUCCGUCGCCUGCGUUGGCGGCGGCCCCCUCCUCCGCCACACCGACAACAACUACCACAAGCACCACCACAACAUCACCACCUGUGUCACCGGCGUCCAGCAACAGAGAUGCUGCAGCGCCAGCUAGAGGCAAAGCCGUGACAACGCCACCAACUCAGCAACAGAACAUUCAGCAGCGGCGCACACCAACUCCAACAACAGUACAUAAAACGAGGGCUGAAACCGUAGCACAGCCUACAGACACCCGUUAUGAGUAUAAAGAAAUGGUGAAAAAUCAGUCGAUUACACGGCAGGAGGAUACUACACCACCAACGACAAAUAAAGUCAAGAAAGCCGAACCAAUUUAUAUAAUUGACGAUGAGGAGGAGGAGGAAGAAGAAGAAGACGACGAGCAGGUGGAUGCGCACUGUGAAGACGAUGCCAAAGCUGAUGCUGAUGACGAUGCCUUCGAUGAUACCUAUUCACCAAAUGUCUCUGCAGAUCAAGGUGAUACCGAUUCGGACUACUUUGACCGUCCACGUCCUUCGCCGCGUUACACCAGCGAUUCGGAGAAUGACUAUCGCCCACAUCGGCCGCAACACGAAAGAUUGGGAAAUAUUUCUGGUCGCAGCACGCCAGAUCUUUCAGGUUCCGCAUAUGGUGGUCACCGCAAAUCGGUUAGUUUCGAUCUCAGCGGCGAUGAAAGAUCAAAAUCUGACUACGAACGUUCACGUACUCCUGAGGGUUAUUCGCGUUAUUACGAUUCUGAGCAAGAGUAUGGUUGCGCACGUCCGCGUUUACCACGUAAAGGUAUACUGCGUUCGGCCAGUCCUUCGUCGUCGAAUAACUCGACACUGGAGCGUUGUAAACGCCCCGAAAAACUCCCUCCAAUUGUGCCUACAGUAGCGCGCAUCAAGGAAAUUGAUUCACCUACACUGCAACAUGUGCGCUCAGCUUCACCCAUGUCCAGUAGAGGUGGUAGUAGUAGUGGCUAUCGCAGUCCACCACCGCAACCCGAAAAGGUGACGGUGUCUACCGAAAUCGAAAGAGAGAAUCCAUUCCGCGAAGCUUUCCUAGAUAAAACCAAAAGCGAUGAGUACACUGAGCUGGCGAAGGCUAUGUCGAAAUCACCUUCGGCGCUCAAAUCACCGCGUGAGCAAUUUUUCUUUGGCUCGAAGUCGACGGAGAAUUUGUUAACGACAGAGCGUUCAGCGUCAAGUGGUCGUAGCACACCUAGUACAGUGGUUAGUGCACAGUCCAAAUCAACAGAAGAUCUGUUUUCAAGCUCAACUGGUGCCAAACCGAAGCGCAUACCACCACCCAUAUUGCCGAAACCGAAAACGAAGAAAGCUGAGCUGGUGCACAAUAUUGCGCUUGAUGCCUUCCAAAAAGCCGACGUAGGUUAUGGUGAUUUCACAGUCUUCGAACAUGAUCCUACCACGAAUACUAUACACGAAAUCCGUUCGCCGCCACCGCCCACAACACCAACCGUACCACUAACACCACCGCCUGCCGGUAGUAGUGCAAAGCUUCCAGUGCGCGUUAAGGCGCCACGUAGUCCAUCUCGGCCGCGUGAAAGUCCACCUCCUCCACCCAUCAACUACUCAACGAUGCCAAAGCCGUCUGCGGCAGCUGCAAAUGUGAGAAAAAGCGAAGAGACCUUCUACUUAGAGGUGCUCCCACCACCACCGCCUCCGCUCUCCGAUGACGAAAUACCGCCUUCACAACGUCGUCCCGGUGAGUUUAUACACGAAAAUUCACCGGAUCACAUACUGGUUACCGAAGAAGAGCACCGCACAAUUAUGCUGCAUGAAAAUGAAGUGCGGAACCAGCUGCGUGGUGUGAGCAGAAAGUCACAAAUACCAGAACUUGGCGCACCACACGAAGAAGCGCCACCAGUUCCACAUUACGCAAGCAUCAAACACUCGGUAAAUCCAUUUAUAGAUAGUUCAGAUGACAAUUUUGAUUCGUUACCCCUCCCACCACCGCCCGAACACCUGAUUUCCUCUGCGGCUCUGAAUCCCAGUUGUGAUAGUAGCUCCCAUUGCGAUAGUGAAUCUUCAACUAUUAACAUUGCUUCACCUAUUUCUUCUAUUACUUCUUCCAAUGCAAACAUGCAGCCGAGGUUGGAAUUCUUAACAUCAGCAGCAACAUUACAGGCAGGCAUUCCAUCCAAUAACCCACUCUCGCCCACACAAAUUUUCCCCACAGCGCAAAUAUUACCCGUUCAAUAUAGCAACCUACCACAACCCCAGCAGCCAAAUACCACUCACAUCCUAACCGGCCAAUUGGUCCCAACUAGCGCGAGCCACCACUUCUCUAAUUCCCCACAGAACCAGUCGCUAUUCACAGUAGGUGGUCUCGUACUGCUGCCACAAGCUCAAUUCACUGCAGCAACGUCGCAGGUGUCAUCGUCAUCGGCGUCAUCACCAUUGGUUACGACUCCCAUUUUCUUGGCCGCCAGUGGUGGUACGACGCCGGUCACCACUGGUGUAUACAUGAAACCACAAGCACUACAACAGCGGCCGCCACAACUUCAUCUGCAUCAGCGUACCGUUUUGUCACCAACAUCGGAACCCAUUACAACAACAAAAGUGCCUAAAUCGGUUUCUGAUAAGAAACGUUUCUUUGAGUCAGCCAUGGAAGAUCAACAUAAACCAUCACAAAAAACAGAAAAAGUUUUUUCAUUCCUGUCAAAGGAUGAAGUUGAGAAGUUGAAGCAAGAAGAAGAAAGGAAAAUCGCAACACUACGUCGUGAUAAGAAAUCUGGAUUAUUGGAUGGACCCGCCGCUGCAGCAAAUGGCAAUGAUGAGUAUGAUAAUGCUGCUGCUGCCACGGCUAACAGCGCUGCCGCCACCAUAUCGUGCCUUGCUGGCGAACCAAAUCGAAAACUACAAGCGAAUGACGAGGAUAAUUAUGAUUAUGAGGACGACGAUAGACAACGACGACUUGUUGUAGUUGACCAUCGUCACGUACUGCGCGAUACCAUUGUCGAGCGGGAUAAUUGUGAUGCGGAUGACAUGAGUAAUGCCGAUUGCACCACAAUAACAACGACAACAAGGAUAGAAUCAUCGACACCAACACCAACAACACCAUCAACGGCACCACAGUCACAAGCGGAGGCAUUAGCGGAGCUCGACGAAGCGACAGCACCGCAAGCACUACGAAUCAAGUUCGAAAAACCGAAGAAAUCGAAAAAGACAAAUGCAAAAUCGAAAUCGAAGGCGGCAGCACGAAGUGUGAGCACAACGCCUACAGAUGAAGAUGUAGCUACUGGGCUUGUCGCACACCGAAAAGCGCCACCACCGCCGACGACACCGACACCAGCCAACGCACAGCCGCCCACACAGUUAGCCGCCGAGUGGGGGAGCACACAAACGACGCAGUUGGCCGCAUUCAAAUCGCCGGCACUAGUUAAGUCCUUGACAGAGUCGGCACCUAGUGUUAUAACAACUACAAAAGCAACAAAAACAACAAAAAUAGUAACACCAACAGUAACAAUAGCGCAGUCGUUUAAACCUCAAGUAGAUACCGCACUUGCACUGUCUGUAGCAACAACAACAAUAGCACCCGCCCCCGCACCACGCGUCACAUCACAACAACAGCAACAACUAAGUAGCACUGUAGCGCAAUUUGUGGAUAUCGAACGCCAGCACGCUGAUGUCCCAAGCGAUUACAAUGAAGCCGAAGAUACGGCGAGUAGCAUUGAGAGUGUUAUUGCUGCGCCACCAUUAGCCACUUUAUCGACGAGCACGACGCCGAGUCGCACAGCCAACCAACAGAAGCCGUCACUGUUGCCGAAACCUAAAGUGAAAGUUGUGUUGCCACCUGCAUUGUUAUUACAACAACAGCAACAACAAGAUGAAGAAGAGUCUCACCACGACACAUCACCGACCACACCAUCCAGUCGCAUACCCAUACGCACGGCAAAUGCGGAGCGGCGCGCUUUGAAAGCGGCUGCCGCUGCUCUUGGUGGCGCUCAGUUGGCUGAAACUGCUACUUCCGUUGUGGUUGAGGCGCUGUCAUCUGAUGUGGUUCAACGCGAGCAGUCACCGCCGUCUAAUGUGCCGAUGAGCAAAGCAAUGAUUAAUGCUGAGAAACGCGCGUCUUGGCGUGCUGCUCGCUUGCGCUCCUUGGAACAGGGCGCUCAGGAGGCUCAAAGCGUCAUCAAGAAUAUGAAUAAAAUAGCGGAUGAUCUGCUGACGACACCCGCGACCACAGAGCAGACUAAAAAGAUUGUUUUUCCAAAAAUCGCAAUUAAAUCGAGCGAUGGUCCGGUUAUAGUACGUGAACGUGAAAAGAUACUCGAUGAAAAAAUUGUGCGGCGUACCGAAGAGGUGCCGUGUCCGCUAACGGGGCGUCCGCAAUUGCGUACUGUUGAGUACAUUGAGAAAACCAUCGAAACCGAGGUGGAAACUUGCCAGGAGAAGAUAAUCUCAUUAGAGUUGCAAGAUCCAGAAAACGAUGAUAACGACAGAUGGGACGACGGCGGAAAGGACAAAAUUAGCAAUCCAUUUGCAUCAUUGCAACAUGCAGCAAGUGCAAAACAAGGUACGGCUACAGUGCUGACAGCGACAGCAACACAAGCAAUCACAACGCUUGCGGAUGAGACAUUGGAGGAUGAGGAACCACCGGAGUUGUUGCGUGAAACUGCGCUGCUGGACACUGUCGACGAGGAUGACGAUGAGGAGGACGAUGAAGAGGAUGAUGAUGAUGAUGAGGACGACGAUGACGACAGCGACGAAGAAGAGGAUGAGGAUGACGAAGAUGAAGAGGAUGCCGCCUCCAUAGUAACUGUUCAUGCAAAUAAUGAAAAACUCUUCCUGCGCACCGAUGACGAUUCCGGUCCAUCUGAUGAUUUCGACAGUAUUGGUAUGUUUGGUCCUUCGUCCAUUGAUAGCGUGUCAUCCAUAUCCAAGUUGCGUAUACAACCCGUACCGAUAACAAUACACCAGACAUUGGCUAAGGAAGUCGUUGUUACAGCGCCUGUAGUGCCAGCUGGAGUACGCACAAUAACGAAGCUCGAAUAUCCCGCCCACAGUAUAACCGCAGCCAGUACUAUUGUGGAGGUGGUUAAUCCACUGAUAACCGGUGAGGGGCAGGUUAAAAGUCUUGCGGUGGGUGGCACAGCUGAAUGUAAGGGAAUAAUGGAAUAUCCAAUUUUCGACAAUGAAACCGAGAAGAGAUUGCGGUCGAAGCCAUAUGAUGACGAUAUAGACGAUAUUGCCAGGCGGAAAACGGGCUAUGACGAUGUAGUAGCAGAGGAGUACAACGUUGAUGACGAUGACGAUGAGGCUGAUAAAUUUUCAGCUGCGCCGACAGGCGUGCUACGUAGCGACACGUUUGUCAUGCCAACAGUGGGCCAACAACAACAGCAACAGCAGCAGCGACCACAAGAGGAGCUAUCAUUGAAUGCAAAAAUGAAGAAUGUGUUGAUGGAGCUAUUGGAGAACGAACGUGUUAAAUUGAAUUUACAGAAGAGUCUGGAAGAGGAUGAUGAGAAGGUACAGCACGAACUCGCCUACGGGGAUCCUGACGAUGACGAUGACAUGGUUGACUAUGCGGUAUUACAUGGUGCGCACCUCAGUGGGAUUAGUCGUUCGGCAGCCAGAGCUGUUAGUGAUGAUAAUGGUAAUGAGCGUCUGCUGCAAGAACUAAUAAGAGACAGUAAUAGGAAUACAAUCAAAAAGCUAGCAGUUGGUUACGACGAUGACGAAAGCGAUGAGGAUGAUGAAGAGGAUGAAGAUGAAGAGGAAGAGGAAGAAUCUUUGGACUCUAGUGAUUCAGAGGAAGAAGAUGGCGAGGCAGAAGAUGAUGAUGAGGCUGUAAAUUUAACAUUUGAGGAUGGUUGUCAGGUGAUUGAGAACCCCAAUGCGGAGUCAACGCUAAAACUACAAAAAUCACAAACGUUUACUUCCAUGAAAGAGGCGGAUCAGACCGAAGACAAGCAAAGUGGCGUUGUACAGGUAGAGGACGUAGAUAAAGACAUCGAACAUACUGUCGAAAAACUGCAAGCCGAACAACGCAAGCUCGAAGAGAUCACGAAACAACUGCGCAAAUCGGUUGAAAACUUGCUAGCCGACGACGAUGAAAUCGCCACCGCAAUUAGCCAAACAGUUAUAGACGACGAUGUAGUAAUUAAAAAACCGAAACAAAAUGUCUACCACACCGUCGAAACGAAGACUGUCAUCGGCGAUGAUGGUGGCAAGAAAACCAUUAUCACCGAGACGAUACGCAAACCCGAGAGCAAACAAACGCACCACGAACAACAAAGUGCCGAGUCCGGCGAGGCACUUUUCAAUAAACUACUACAUGCCGGUGGCGAUCUCAAGCAGAUAUUCGAUCAGCAGACGGGCGAGAGUGUAAUUACAACCACCACCACCGAUGCUGAUGGCACUGUCACCACUACAACAACAACAAUAUCGAAUGUGAUUAAAAGUGGCAUCCCCAGAGCGGUUGUGUUGAAAUCAGAAGCCAACAACGCAGCAGGCAGCAGCAGCGGCAGCCAGAGUGCGCCAACGAAACAAGACAAGCAACACAGCAAACAAAAACGAAAAGGGAAGAAUGGCAAGAAGUAAAAUAUGACACAAAAUAAAUGGCAAGAUAUUGCACUAAAUCUAACAACAGCCCGGCAGCACUGCACGUUGCAUGUGUAUACAGAGGCGUAUAUAUGUGGCUAUGUGUUGGGGGAAAGUGUGGGGCCAAGAAUGAUAAAUAUGCGAGAAACAUAUUUACCGUUUCUGCAACCAGUUGCAUUUUGUUAAGAGAAGAGAAGUGGGUGUGUAUAUAUAACAAUAUGCAUAAAUAUAUUGUGUAGGAUUAUGCAACAGAAAACGGGGUAUAAAGUACUAUAUACUAGAAAAUACUAGAAAUGUAUACGAGUAUAAGUGUCCAAUAGCGGAGAGUUAAGGAUGGGAUCAGCAAUUGCUCGGGGUCGUAAAAUAAACAAGCGGCAGCAUACAUACACACGAGUAUCUGUAUAGAUGUGUGAAGUAUGUACAGUAAAAGAUACUGGAAAAUGAUGAAUAAUCAAUGGAAAUGAAGGAUGGAAGGAGAAGUGUAAAAUUAAUUUGAAAUUUUUUUUAAAUAAAAUAUUUUUUUAAAUAAAAAUUUUUUUUUGUAAUAAAAUUUUUAAAAACUUUUUAUGAAUACUUUUUUGAAUAUUUUAAAUUAAAAUAAAAAUUUUGUGAAUUUUUUAUUAUUAAUAAAUGGAAAUGAGAAAAGGAGAAGUGUAAAAUUAAUUAGAAUAUUUUUUUUAAUAAAAUAAUUUUUUUUUUAAUUUUUUAAUUUGUUUUUAAUAAAAUUUUUUAAAAAUAAUUUCAUUACAUUUUUUUUAUAAAAAUUUUUUGGAAUUAUUUUUUAACUUUUUUAAUAUUAAUCAAUGGAAAUGAAAAAAGGAGAAGAGUAAAAUUAAUUUGAACAUUUUUCUUUUAAUAAAAUAAUUUUUUUAAUAUUUUUUUUUUUUAAAUUCAAUUUAAGUUCAUUACAUUUUUUUAAUAAAAUUUGAAUUUUUUUGAAUAAAAUUUUUAAAAACUUUUUUUGAAUACAUUUUUUUGAAUAUUUUAAUUUAAAAUUUUUUAAUAAUGAUCAAAUCAUAUGAAAAUGGAAUGAAAAGUAAUUAUUUCGAAAUAUCAAAAAAUGUACCGUUAUUUUUCUUGAUUUGCAUGCUGAAUGUUAUUUUACGCCCCCCUGAGCCCCAGCAUAUGAAUCCUUACUCUAUAUAAUUUUUAUCAUAAAACAAUUUAUGUUAAUUAUAAUUUUAUACAUUUACAACAGCAUAUAUUAUUUAAUUAAUAAUAAUUAUGAAUUAUUGUACUUUAUUUUUAAUUAACCACCAUUUUGCAUUUAUCAUUUGUAACUAAUUACAAAGUUCAUAAUGUAAUCUUUUUUGUGUUUAUAUGCAUUUACAAUGACGAUACCCAAACGACAUUAGUUUUAGUAAUCCCACACCAAUUCUCAAGAUGAUGCUAAGAUCCAUAAUUUUCUUUAUUUUUUUUUAUAUAAUUUUCUAAGCGAAAGAUUUCAUUUAAUUGAUUUAAAUAAAAUUUUUGUUUGCUUAUUGCUAACGCACUAAUUUUUACAUUUAUUUUUGCUGUAUUUUUACUUUAUUUUUUAUGCUUCCCCAAACGUUUAUGUGGUUUGUUUUGCUUUUAGGCGAAAAAGUGACAGCUGAAAUGACCUUAUAGCUAAGCAUAAGCUUGUUUGCUUCCAAUAUGAUGUGCGUAGAUUUGAGCGAGAAUGUGCUCGCGAAAAAUUAAAAAAAAAAAAUUAAAAUUAAAAUAAUAAAUUUGAAAAUAUUUUAAAGCAGAAAAAUAAACGAAAAUAUUAACGAAAUGAAAUCAGACAAAAAAAAUUCGUCCUUUUAGUAUGUAAAACGAUGUGUCCAAAAAAUUUUAAUUAACGAAUGUGAAACAAAUUUUAUUAUAAGAAAAACAUUAAAAAAAAAAUAUUUUUAUUAAAAAAAAUUAUUCUAAAAAUUUUUAUGAAAGAAAAAAAUAUUAUUUUAACAAAAAAUUUUGAAAAUUCAAAAGAAAAAUCUUACAAAAAUAUAAAAGAUUCUCAAUUUGAUGAUUUCGUUUAAAACAACUUUAAAAAUUUAUGAGUAUUUUAUCGUAAGUUAUUUUAUGUAUUUCUUUUUUUUUCAUCAUUCCGUAUGUAAUUUGAUUUCUUUACACUAAUUUAAUAAUAAAAUAGCAAACUGAAUGUAUUUUGCAAUAGAUUUAAGUUACAUUUAUACACACACACAAAUGAUGAACGUCUCUAUAGAAAUGUGUGUGUUAAUCUACAGUUAAACUUAUUUGUAAUGCAAAUUGUAAUUCAAUUUUACGGUAUUAUAAUAUUAGAUGUAUGCAAAUAUACAUAAAUACAUACAUACAUAUGUACUCGUACAUGCAGACACACAAAUAUUCAUACAGGUGUAAAUGCAAUGCACAAGUAAUAAAUUAAGUAGUGUAUGUGACGCUGCAGUUAAAAUACAAACAAACAUGAAGGUAUACAUAUGAAACUAUAACAGAAAUGUGGAACACACAUCUUCACAUUAUUGUGUUUGUAUGUGUGCGUAUACCUUGUACUAAGCAUAUUAAACCCGCAUAUGUGAAAUAUGCAUAUUUGUAAAGUGACAAUUUUAUAAGAACUUUGUGCAAAAGAAAAAAGUUGAAAAUAUUGAAAACAAAUUAUUGCAUAUAUUUUAUAGUAGAUAACUGAAUUUAAAUGUAAUAAAAUUUGAAUUACUUUUAUUAAAUGAAA